GGUUACGCGCUGGACCAGUCAUCCGGGGUUGUGAUUGGCCGAGCGAGGAGCGUGACGCUGCGAAUCCGGCAGACAGCGGGCGGAGUGCUCGGAUCAGUGCAGCAGCAGCAGCAGCCGACGCCGUCGUCGUCACUCAGUGCUUUCUUUUGCCGGCUGGGUGCGCCGCGGUGACCGUGCACAUAGAGAAACCCCGGGGGCAGCGUGAGCAGCAGCGACAGCUGCCUAAAUAUCCACGGAGCUCACCAUGAAUGGACAACUGGACUUAAGUGGCAAGUUAAUUAUUAAAGCUCAGCUGGGAGAAGACAUACGAAGGAUUCCCAUUCACAAUGAGGAUAUCACCUAUGAUGAGCUGGUCUUAAUGAUGCAGAGAGUUUUCCGAGGAAAGCUCUUGACUAAUGAUGAAGUGGCCAUCAAAUAUAAGGAUGAAGAUGGCGAUCUCAUAACCAUUUUUGACAGCUCUGAUCUAUCAUUUGCUAUACAGUGCAGUAGAAUACUCAAGCUAACUCUUUUUGUUAAUGGACAACCAAGGCCUCUAGAAUCCAGCCAAGUAAAGUACCUACGCCGAGAGCUGAUAGAACUUCGUAAUAAGGUUAAUCGGUUACUGGAUUGUUUAGAGCCACCUGCUGAGCCUGGGAUCCCCACCAGCCUACCCGAGAGUGAUGCGGUAGAUAGAGAAGAGAAACCUGCAGCUCAUGACUCCUCCAUUAAGCCAUCUACCCAAGUCAUGGCUGCUAGUAUGUCUGCUUUUGAUCCGCUGAAGAACCCAGAUGAAAUCAACAAAAAUGUCAUGUCGGCUUUUGGACUUUCUGAGGACCAAGUUACCGGGCCUCCCAGUGCUCCUGUUGAGGAACGUUCCAGUACACCUGAUAGCAUUGCCUCUUCAUCUUCUGCCCAUCCUCCUGGGGUCCAGCCUCAGCAACAACCUUAUCCAGGUGCCCAGCAGCAAGCAGGUCAGAUUGAAGGCCAAAUGUAUCAGCAGUACCCACAGCAGCCAGCUGGGUAUCCAGCGCCUCAAGGUCAAGGCCAGGGUCAGCCCCAACAACAAUAUGGAAUGCAGUAUCCUGGCUAUAAUCAGCAGACUGGACCUCAGCAAGCUCAGCAAUUUCCAGCUUACAAUCAGCAAGUUGCACAGGGUCCUUCCCCUCAAUUUCCAGCCCAGCAACCACAGUUGCCCUCACAGCCAGCUCAGCAAUACCAAGCGGGUUCCUACGCACCACAGACUUACACUACACAAGCCUCUCAGCCCGCUAAUUACAAUGUCCCUCCAGUUUCUCAGCCUGGCAUAGCUCCAAGCCAACCAGGGGCCUAUAGACCAGGAUUUACCCCACCUCCUGGCAGCACUGUAACUCCACCUCCAAGUGGGCCUAACCCAUAUGCACGUAAUCGAGCCCCAUUUGGUCAGGGUUAUGCUCAACCAGGACCCGGAUACCGAUAAUAUUUAAAACUGCAUUGUGACCAAGGCAGAGGCUGCUAGAUAUAUUUCCAUCCCAAAAGACAAUACAAUAUGAUAGUUUAAGAUUUAAAUUGAUGCUUCAGGAUGCAGAAGGAAAGCUUCAGUGCAUUGUUGCUUUAAGUAAAUAAAUGUUGUGUAACGUUACUGGAAAAUGAGACCAAAUGAUUAUCUCCUGCUUUAGAUUGCAUCUGCUAGUUGAAAUUCAAAUCCAAAAACCAAAUGACAUAUUUGACCUUCUAGCCAGCCUUGUCAAAACUCUGAAAGAAUGCUAAUUGGAAAUCUACUUAUUUGGCUUGUUUUUAAUGAUCUGAUGUGUUGAGUUAGAUCUGUUCCGAAGUAUAAACUAGGUAUUAUGUACAAAAUUCUAACAUUCACAUGAAAACGUAAUAAAAGACUAAAAAUCUGUUA